GGGGCACAGGAAGUGGCUCUGCAGAGUGAGUCCUCCUGUUUGUCAGGUUCACGAUCUUUGAUGUGAGCUGCAGUUUGUGUCUCCAGUCUGAGAACGAACCGAGCCGGACAGUAGCGGCACGAUGGGCAAGAAACAGAAGAAGUCCGGGGAGGACAGUGCCAAAGAUGACGGCGUUGAUAUCGACGCUCUGGCAGCAGAGAUUGAAGGUGCUGGAGCCUCCAAGGAACCCAAAGGGAAGAAGAAGAAAAAAGGAGCAAAGAAGGAUGAGUUUGAUGAGGAUGACAUCCUGAAGGAGCUGGAGGAGUUGUCUCUGGAGACCCAGGGAGGGAAGUCUAAGAAAUCAGAUCCUGCAGAGGAUGUGGAACUUGUUGAGCCUCCCAAACCAGAGAAGAAGAAAACCAGGAAAGGGAAGAAGGGUGGAGCCGGCCUUGAGGAUGAGGGUGAUGAGGGUCAGGGUCGAGUCGAAGGUGACAAGAAUGGAGAGCUGACAGACGAGAAGGUGACUCCUGCUGCUCCUCCCUCUGACUCGGAGGAGGACAAAGGCUCACGUCAUCGCUCCAAAACCAAAGGAGGCAAAAAACCUCCUGCUUCAGAUGAAGACAAGGAAGAAGGAAAGAGGAAAGGAGGAGAAGGCAGCAACCAAGGAGGAGAGGUGAAGGAGAAUGACUCGGAGGAGGAUGAGGAGUUCCUCUCCAAGAGAGACAAGAAAAAGAAGAAAAGCAAGGCAGCAAAGGCAGAGAGCGAAGAGGAAGAGGAAGAGGAGGGCGAAUUCAAGAUCAAGACGGCGGCGCAGAAGAAGGCAGAGAAGAAGGAGAGAGAGAAGAAGAAGAAGGAGGAGGAGCGGCUGAAGCAGAAGAAACAAAAGGAGGCCGGACCUGAAACCAAGAAAGACAACGAGCCCGAAAAGAUGAUGGAGGCCACGCCUCCUCAGCCAGCUGCAGAGGAACCGGAAGGGGCGGAGCCAGUAGCUGAGGAGGAGACGGAGGGUGACAAAAAGAAGAAGGACAAGAAGAAGAAGAAGGGAGAGAAGGAGGAGAAGAAGAAGGGACCCAGUAAGGCUGCAGUGAAGGCCAUGCAGGAGGCGCUGGCAAAGCUCAAGGAGGAGGAGGAGCGAGUUAAAAGAGAGGAGGAGGAGCGCCAGAGGAGGCUGGAGGAGCUGGAGAGGCAGAGGCAGGAGCAGGAGCGUCUGGAGCAGGAACGAAAGGAGAAGAAGAAGCAGAAGGAGAAGGAGAGGAAGGAGCGUUUGAAGAAGGAGGGGAAGCUGCUGACCAAAGCCCAGAGGGAGGCUCGAGCUCGCGCCGAGGCCACGCUGAAGAUGCUGCAGGCUCAAGGUGUUGAAGUGCCAUCCAAAGAUUCUGUGCCACAGAAGAAACCGGUUUAUGGAGACAAGAGACGGAAGAAACCCAACGCACAAACACCUGAAGAAACCUCUGAGGUGACGUCACCCAUGUCAGAGACGCCAGAGCCUGUUGCCAUAGAGACAGAGGCACCAGCGGCGGACACAGGUGUGGAGGAGAAGCCCGAGGCUGACGUCGAUGACUGGGAAGCUAUCGCCAGCGACGAGGAGAAAGAGUUGAAGAAGGUUCACAUCGAGGUGAAGGAGACUCCUGCUGCACCUCAGCACACAGGCAGUGAGGAGGAGGAGGAGGAAGAGGAGGAGGAGGAAAGUGAAGAAGAGGAGACGGAGAAAGAGCAGAAGGAGACAGUGGCAGGAGUGCAGGAGAAGAGGAGGGCAGCGAGGGAGAGCGAGGAGGAGAGCAGCGGGAGCGAGGACGAAGACGGGCGGACGAAAGAAGAGCAGCGCUACGACCGGGCCAAGAGGCGGAUCGAGAAACGAAGAGCGGAAUACCUGAAGAACAUCGACUAUGACAGACUGAGAGCGCCCGUCGUCUGCGUGCUUGGACACGUCGACACCGGGAAGACCAAGAUCCUGGACAAGCUGCGACACACUCAUGUUCAGGACGGCGAGGCGGGAGGAAUCACGCAGCAGAUCGGCGCCACAAACGUUCCCAAGGAGACGAUCGAGGAGCAAACCAAGAUGGUGAAAAACUUUGACAGAGAAAACAUCAAGAUACCCGGCAUGCUGAUCAUCGACACGCCAGGACACGAGUCCUUCAGCAACCUGAGGAACAGAGGCAGCUCACUGUGCGACAUCGCCAUCCUGGUGGUGGACAUCAUGCACGGCCUGGAGCCUCAGACUCUGGAGUCCAUCAACCUGCUGAAGGAGAAGAAGUGUCCCUUCAUCGUAGCCUUGAACAAGGUCGAUCGUCUGUACGACUGGAAGAGGAGUCCUGACACGGACGUCGUGGCCACGCUGAAAAAGCAGAAGAAAAACACGAAGGACGAGUUUGAUGAGCGAACCAAAGCCGUCAUCGUGGAGUUCGCUCAGGAGGGUCUUAAUGCUGCUUUGUUCUACGAGAAUAAAGACCUGCGGACGUUUGUGUCCUUGGUUCCCACCUCGGCCCACAGUGGCGACGGGAUGGGGAACCUCAUCGCCCUAUUGGUUGAGCUCACCCAGACAAUGCUAGCACGCCGGCUAGCACACUGCGAGGAGCUCCGAGCUCAGGUCAUGGAGGUCAAAGCGCUGCCCGGAAUGGGAACCACAAUAGACGUCAUUCUGAUUAAUGGAUGUCUGCGAGAGGGAGAAACCAUCAUCGUCCCAGGAGUGGAGGGACCAAUCGUAACGCAGAUCAGAGGGUUACUGCUGCCCCCUCCUCUGAAGGAGCUCAGGGUGAAGAGCCAAUAUGAGAAGCACAAGGAGGUUUCCACAUCUCAGGGAGUUAAGAUUCUGGGGAAAGACCUGGAAAAGACUCUGGCAGCUCCCCUGCUGGUGGCGCACAAGGACGACGAGGUCCCCGUCCUGAGGGACGAACUGGUGCGGGAGCUGAAACAGACUCUGAGCUCCAUCAAACUGGAGGAGAAAGGUGUGUACGUCCAGGCCUCCACGCUGGGAUCCCUGGAGGCUCUGCUGGAGUUCCUCAGGACCUCCAAAGUCCCUUACGCUGGAAUCAACAUCGGCCCAGUUCAUAAAAAGGAUGUGAUGAAGGCGUCAACGAUGUUGGAACACGACCCGCAGUUUGCAGUGAUCCUUGCGUUUGACGUGAAGGUGGAGCGAGAAAGUCAGGAGAUGGCCGAUAGUCUCGGUGUGAGGAUCUUUGCUGCUGAAAUCAUCUACCAUCUGUUUGACGCCUUCACCAAAUACAGAGAGGACUACAAGAAGGCCAAACAAGACGAGUUCAAGCACGUGGCAGUGUUCCCGGUAAAGCUCCGAGUCCUGCCUCAGUUCAUCUUUAACUCCAGAGAUCCGAUCGUGAUGGGGGUGUGUGUGGAGGCUGGUGUGCUGCGGCAGGGAACGCCGCUGUGCGUCCCCGGCAAAGGGUUUGUGGACAUCGGCGUGGUGACCAGCAUCGAGGUGAACCAUAAGUCGGUGGACAGUGCCAAGAAAGGACAGGAAAUCUGCAUCAAGGUUGAACCCAUUCCAGGAGAAGCACCCAAGAUGUACGGUCGCCAUUUUGAAGCCACUGACGUCAUUGUCAGCAAGAUCACUCGCGCCUCCAUCGACGCCCUGAAGAACUGGUUCAGAGAUGAGAUGCAGAAGUCUGACUGGCAGCUGAUCCUGGAGCUGAAAAACACCUUUGAGAUCAUCUGAGCAUCACACACACUCAUGUCCAGGUGAAACGCUGCCCCCUUCAGGUCACCAGAUGCCAGUGGAGGGGCAGAAAAUCAAGAAAAGAGCAACAUGAAAAAGUUUUUCUGUGAGAAACGAAGACUUUUCCACUGUUGUAAACAGUGAUAGUUUAGACACUCAGUAUUCCAACGUGCCUGUUCUUCUUCUGCUCUGCUCUCAUUUGUGGCUGCUGCUUCACGUCCAGGCUCCGCCCCCUUCCCACCGCACUGC